GUUGGUGAAGCUCAAGCAGCCUCUGCCGCCAAACCUGGCAAUCGCGCUGUGCGGGCAGCUAGCUACCGCCGCGGCUGCCGCCGCGGCGGAGGCGCUUCCGUCGGCCGUACAGCCUCCACAUGCCGCCGCCGCCGCCGCAGCAGCAGCAGCACCCUUAGCCGGCGGCGACGGAGGUGGUGGCUCUCCUGCCGGCCUACGUGCGAAGGAGGCUGUUCAGGCGCUGUAUGCCGCCACUCGGCUGCUGCCCGCUGGCUCCGAUGCCGCCGAUGCCGUACUGCGUCCGCUGCUUCGCCUGGUGCUGGGCUGCGAUCCCGCGGACCUAGACAUUCGCUGCCUAGCUGACGGCCUGGGCACCCUCUCGCGCUUCCGAGUCCUGCUGGCAGCUCACCACCCCCAGCACUGUCAGCACAACCACCGGGGACCCUCCGACGGUAAUGAGGUGGCUCCAAGGGUGAGGAACUCCCAAGGCAAGCUUCUUGCGGGCGUUGCAUGCAAGACCUUGGCUGCUGACCCGUGGGUCUCUGCAGCGCUGCAGCGCGUCACGGAUCUGCUGGAGAGCAGUGCGAGGCGCGGCCCGGGCGACCGACCCGCACCUGCCUGGUGUGUGCUGGAGGUACUGCAGGCGGCGAACUACCUGGGCAUCCCGUUGACGGCGCGUCUGGGAGCCGCCGCGGCUGUACUGCUGACCGUACAGUUGCCGUACAUGGCGCCUGGGCAGCUGGUGGAUGUGGUGGGCUGCUGCGCAGCCACGCCGUCGGCACUGCCGGCGGACCUGGCCUGGGCCGCAAUGCGGCGGCUGGCGGCGUUGGAAGCUGAGGCCAGCGACCGAAAGCUUUCGGCGGGAGUAGCCCCGGCGUCAGCGUCAGCGCCAGAGCUGGAAGCAGCGGGUGCGGGUGCGGGACUGGGUAAGGUGGAUGCGGAGGCAGCAGACGGACCCUGGCGUGAGCUGCAGCCCGACGAGCUAUCAAGGCUGGUCUCCGCAGCGCCGAAAGCCUUGCUGGCGGCUGUGGCGAACGAAGGGACUCGGAGCCAGGCGGAAGCGCUACCGCAGCUGCAGCGGCAACAGCAGCUGGCGGCGCUGCUGACGGAGCUGGCCUGCCGGCCUGAUGACCCACGGGUCGCUGCGAUGACGCCCGACCGGCUGUCGUUGCUGCUGGAGGGGCUGGCGGAGGCGGGUGUGGUUCCGGAGCGCGGCUGGCUGGCAUGGGUAUGUCAGCUGAUGUCGCGUCGCAUGCGGAGGGCGAGCGACCUGGGCAUGCUGCGAGCCUGCCGGGCGCUUUUGCAGUUGGAACACUGGCCUGGGAGGAUGUGGGUGGAGAGCUGCGAGCUGCAGGCCAGCGAGCUGACGCGCAUCAAGCGCAACAGCGCCCACCGGGAGCUCAAGCAGGCGCUGCGGGACCUGCGGGACCUGCACGCGACCCGACAGCACCGCAGCGGCAGGGCAACGCAGCAAGCUGCUGCAAGCAGCAGAGACCCCGCUGUCGCUCAUGUUGCUGAGGCCACAAGGGCUGAGCCGCCGCUAGCACCCCAGGAGCCGGCGGCGGCCCUCGGUAGCGUGUUCGCUAAUAGCCCGGAGGUUGCCAGUUCAGCGACUGCUACUGCGGCAGCAGCAGCCCCGGUCUCGAGGGCAGCAGCGGUGGAGGCGGCAGGAGUGACAGAGAAUGCUGCCCAGCCUUCGGAGCACCUCACAGCCAGAGCAGCAGAGCUCCCGCCGGACGCAGCAGCUGCAGUAAACCACGUCACUGCCGCUAUUCCACUCGCCGCCGGCGGCAGCGCAUCAGGUGAAGUCGUUUUAACCGUUGUUGCCGCUGCCACUGCUGCUGCUGCUGCUGCCGUCGGGGUUACUGAUGACCUGAUCAGCGCUACUCGAAGCUCGGCCGAAGCGGAGGCUGCGGAAGCUGCAGCCACGGCCGCUUUCACCGGCGACACAACCGCCCCUUCACCGCUGGCUCUGGCCGCUCCGGCUCAGCCCCGCAGCCGGGCUGUAGUCGACCGGCGGGGCUUGGCGGCACCGGCUACUGCUGCCGCCGGCGGCACCGACCCGCUGGGUCUGUUGCUGGCUGUGUACCGGUUGGCCGAGGCGCGAUUGGAUGCGGUGCUUGCGAUGACACUGAGGGUGGCGGUGAUGCAAUCGGCGUACGCGCUGUACAUGUUGGGCCAGCGGGGGAGCAGAGGAGGGCAGGCGCAGCGGGGCCUGCUGGAGGCGGGAUGCGGAAGGCAGGAGCAGGGACAGUUGACGGAU